AUGUCCAUUGUAAGCGAACUUCGUCAGGUGUCUCGCGCUGAGCUGGGACCACUCGCUGACCCAGCGGCUAUAGGUAGCGGUGCCGCUGUGUACCGCGGUACGUUGGACGGUCUGGCGGUCGCGGUGAGGCAGCCACGCAUCACAUCCAGCGCAGCGUUGGAACGCUUUCACUCUCAGGUUCACCUGCAGCACUAUGUUACAGUGCGUGCACGUCAGAGAACUUGCGUCCAGCGUGGCGAUGAGAAGGUAAGCAUGCCGGCGGGUCUGCUGCCGCUGUUAGCGGUAUGCGAAGCGCCCCCGUUUUACUGCACGGUGACGCCCUGGUGCUCUGGGGGCUGCGUUUUCGAUGUCCUCCAUAAACGGACAACGCCCGGUACCCAUAGCAUUCUCCAGCGACUCGAGUGGGCGUUGCAGCUCGCCAUCGGCUUGCAGAACCUGCACGAGCUUGGUGUUAUCCACCGCGAUGUGAAAACGGCCAACUUGCUCUUGGAAGAUGAUCGCGUCCUGCUCGCGGACUUUGAACUCGCCAUCAUGAGCAACUCGCACUCGCUACCAAACACGGAAUCCAUACGGGAGUCAAGCGCGCAUGCUAUUCGACAAGCUAACGAAGGAAAGCAUCGUCUGCAUUCCGAAGGCACGCCUUUGCCCGUUGGACCCAGUGCCGGACGUCUUGCUCAUAUGGUUGGUACGACCGUGUACAUGGCGCCGGAGCUUCUGAGCGCGGAGCGUUCAGGCUGGGGAUCUACGUAUGCAUCCGAUGUCUACGCGUUCGGUAUCACGCUGAAUGAGAUAGUCACCGCCUCUGUGCCUUACGUGGAUCGACAACUUUCCGAGCCAGAGCUGCACACGGUUCUGGAGACACGCUUCAACGAGCUGCAGCUACGAACGGCUAUCGUUACCGAGCACCUGCGACCCAGACUGGAUGUGGAUGCACUUGGAGGUCGCGAGGGUCAACGCCUGUGCGAACUCAUUGAAAGGUGUUGGGAUGCGGACCCUGCGAGACGGCCUGCCAUGUCAGCUGUGGUGAAGGAACUAGCUGCAUUGGUUGACCAGCUGAAGCGUUCCUCGUUUAAAGCGGUCAGGAUACUGCGUUCUACCUUGGCGGAGAACCCAGAGGGCGCCUUGGCUGGCGCUGCGUGGGCAACGCACAUCGGCGACGACGAGGUGGACGCAUCGCAGACCCCAAGAGGUCCAGCGGAGCGCACUCGUCAGGCCUCUGCGGCUACCGGUGCUGACCUUGUUUCUGAAACCGAUCCGAGUGCGCUCGCCGCUUCGUACUUUGGAAAGGACGCUCACGAGAUCACCACCAUAGCGCAUGAACUGGUUCAGAGCGUUGCGCAUCGCCCGUUCCCGCUUAGCGAUACGGGAAGCGCCGCGCCUGCUGGUUUCCGCCAACGUCUCGACCGAAGCAGCUCACCUGCCUCUGUAGAUCGCUCAGAUCGGGUGCAAGCGGAGGCGUAUGCCGUGUCGGGUCGUCGUGGACCAGAUCGUAUGGAAGAUCGUCACCUGGUAGCAUCUCCAUUGCAAUUGUCAAUAGAGCUUGUCCAGUCUGGACCGGCACUCGCCUGUUGGGGCAGUUCCCAUAUACUGGGUGUUUUCGAUGGCCAUGGUGGUGUGGAGGCAGCUGACUUUACGGCGGCUCUGAUUCCAGAUGCUCUCCAGAGGCUGCUGGGUCGUAACCCGCAAAUGCGCCCCGAACAAGUGCUGCGCGAGCUUCUCUGUUUCGUGGAUAUGUGCUGGUCGCUGUGGUGCGCCCAGCACGACGCAUCACAGGCCCUCGGGAAGCGAGGACUUGUUGGCAGCACGGCACUUGUGGCGAUGGUGCACAGCGGCACGUUAUAUGUGGCAAAUAUCGGGGACUCCAGGGCGGUGCUCUUUGAAGUGCAACCCGAUACGGCCUUGGUGCCUAUCCUCGUCACUUUAGAUCAAACUUGUACAGCGUCUUCACAGGAACGUGCACGUCUUCAAGAACAAGGCGCACGGGUCCUUGCAGAUAGCGCUGGUACGCUUCGAGUUGAGGGUCUUACGCUGGUUACGCGUGCGAUCGGGGACAUUGCGCUCAAACGCUAUUUGACUGCGGAACCUGAGCUCUACAUCCAGCAUUUGCAGCCCGAUCGAGAAUAUAUCCUGAUCCUUGCCACCGACGGUCUCUGGGAUGUCAUGGAUGUCGGUGAAGUAGCGAAAAUCAUCCGAGGCACUGUGCAGGUCCCUGGUCUGUUGGCACGCCGCCUGGUUACGGAGGCAUUACAGCGAGAGACUCAAGACAACGUGACCGUGGUUGCCGCGCUGCUUUCCACGAGUGCCGCCAAAGCGCCGCUGCUGCCACCGCCUGGAGACGCUGCACGGGAGCAUGCGUGA